CAUAGUAGCAGGAGAAGGAGACAAGAUGGCAGCCUCGGCUAAGAAAGUGUUGGAGGUGUUUGUGUCUAAAAUCCCCUGGACUGUAGCUGGCAAGGAGAUGAAGGCGUAUUUUGGACAGUUUGGUCCAGUGAAGAGAUGCAUCCUUCCAUUUGACAAAGACACUGGUUUCCAUAGAGGGUUCUGCUGGGUUUUAUUCUCCACAGAGGAGGGACUAAACAACGCGCUGCAGAAGGACCCCCAUAUUCUGGAAGGAGCAAAGCUUCUUGUUCAGAGGAACAGACGUCCCUUUGAAGGACAGAAGUCCAACAAAGAUGGAGACUUUGACUGAAGCUUGGUGGUUCUACUGAGCAGAUGAGACCAAACAUGUUUUCUUUGUUGGAACGCUUCAUUCCUCCUGCUUUAUAUCUGAAUGAACCAUUCAGACAGAAGCAGGAUCAAUGUGUCUGCAUGGAGUCCAGCUUGAGAAAGAUUUCUUCAUUAUUCAGACUCACUUGAACUGAGCCUAAAUGUUACUGUCAGUUUAUUCACUAAUAAAUUCUGUAUUUAUUGUGAGAAAGAUUGCUCUCCAUCACAUACUGUCAGUUGCUUUAAUCAAUAAAAAUGUUUAUUGCUAUUUUA